AUGUUUAUGAGUGUCACGGAAGCUAUUAAUUCUGAAUCAGGAACAAUUCUAAUCCAAAUUCGUUGUUCAGCCAGAAGCAGUCGACUACUUCUGCUUCUCCUGAAAAUUACUACAACAUGUCUCUGGGCGCCGGGCCUCUGUGGUGGUCCUGAUGUCGCCCCUGGGGAAGUAGCCAGGGGCAUUCGAGGGGAUCAGUCGGCCCCACCACUCCGCCUGACUUUUCGCACGGGCUCUGGAGGAAGGCUAUCGCAGUCUUGGGACGCUGUACUGAGAGGCCAAACAUUGUAUGUUACACCACCACCGCAUUUGCUGCUCGAGGGUAGUCGCGAAGCAUUCAUUUCCUUGCUUGAAGCAGCAGAAGAUCAACUGAAAUGUAAAUACGUCAUUGUCGUAUUUUCAAGUGACCAGCCUGAACGUGCUACUUUGGUGCGUACUUUCAUGUUUCUUGGCUUCUCAGUCCUCUCACCAAAUUCGCCACUGUUACCUGCUCAGCUUGCCGCAGGCAACAUCUGUAUGCUCUAUAACAUCGAAGAGUAGUCCAUCCCCAGAGUCCAGUCUCGGAUAUUCCUUCUUCAUCUAUUUUGGUAGUUUAAGGUUUAUAUAGAGUAAUAAAUGCAAUUUUAAAUUGAUCUUUUAUAAUUGUUGUGGAUUUUAUAGAAGUUUGUUUAGAGAUCUUGCGAAAUACUGUAGAGGUAAUCUUAUCCUUAUUAUCCAAACAUUGGUGGCUUUUUUUCUGAAGUCCACUGCAAGUUUAAAUUUAAAAAAUAUAUUAUCUAUGCUCAUAUAUAGUUUAGUUUAUAUUUAGGUAGGUUUGUUUUUGUGUGCUACAGGGAUUUCUAGAUGAAGAAGGAACCAAAAUUGUUUAUUGAGAAUUUAACAAUUAGUGCGAAACUAUCCUAUCAAUGCCCCUUAAAUAUAUUAUAAAGAAAAAAUUUAAAAUAUAUACUUAACAAUUAAUAAUGGUUUCCUCACAUUUAGUUUUGCGUUAUUCAGUAUGCCCUUGCUUAGAGACCAUUAUUUUUUGUUUUUUAUUUGCGGUGCUUUCAGUUUCAGUAAAUAUUCAUUCCGUAUUGUAUGUUAUUUCAGAAUAUUAUUCUAGUGUAUACAUUUAUGUUGAAUAAAUUACUAGUUAAGUAUC